AUGACAGAAUUCUCCCAAGUGAUCACUUUAAUGGAACCUGUUUCUAUGCACAUCACAGGUAUGAAAGUUGAAUUCCAUAGAGCUGUCGUGGCUAGUGAAAUUGAUGUGUUUAGAGGAAAGUCAUCUGACCAAAUUGAGUCCAUGCUAACUCCAAAUAAAAACACAAUCCUUCAUAUUCACUUAACAUGUUCUGAGGUAUCAGAGGCAUUUGUGAAUGAAAUUCUAGAUAUGUUUCAUGUACUUUUGAAUAAGACCAACGCUAAGGAUGAAACUAUCCUCCAUAUAGCAGCUAGGUAUGGGCAUACUGGAAUUGUGAAAAUAAUUAUUCAACGUGCUAAAGUUAUCACUAGUGAAGAUGGAUCCAAGGAAACACUGAUAAGGGCUACAAAUGAUGAGAAGGACACAGCUUUGCAUGAAGCAGUACGUUACAAUCACAUGGAAGUAGUGGAUUUCUUGACAAAGGAAGACCCACAUCACCCAUAUUUUGCUAAUAGUGAUGGGGAGACUCCACUUUAUAUUGCUGCUGAGAGAGUCUAUGAGAAAAUAAUGUAUAUAAUAUUAGAGAAUAGCAUUUCACCAAAUCAUAGUGGCCCCAAUGGCAGGACAGCAUUAUAUGCAGCUCUCAUUCAUUAUGAGAAGAUUGAAAAAAAAGGUGUUGAUGGUAUUAUUGAAAUACUGGAGAAGUUGAUGUUCAAAAUACCAUCAAUAGUGAAUGAAGCAGAUGACAAUGGUUGGAGGCCACUUUACUUGGCAGUAAUACUUGGAAAUCCUGAAGUGAUAGGGGUGUUAUUAAAACAUGGUGCCACAGCAUACAUGAGAGACAAUAAGGGAAGGACAGCUCUUCACCUUGCUGCAUAUCAUGGAUUUGAUAAUGUCAUGAGAAAGAUAAUAGAAUGUUGUCCAGAUUGUUCAGAAUUGGUGGAUCACAAGGGUUGCAAUGCUCUUCAUUAUGCUAUUGCUGGGUUUAAGAGAGAUAGGACCUAUGAACAAGAUUGCAGUAGUAAAGCAUCAAGAGAGAUUUUGAAAGAGGAACAUCUAAGCAACAUGUACAAUGAGAAAGAUGAAGAUGGAAACACGCCCCUUCACCACCUUGCUCUUUAUGCUCCCAAAUGGCAAAAGCAUAAUCAAUCUCAUCCUCUUCUGGAACCAAACCGAAGAGUAAACACGAUGGCAUUCAAUAAAAACAACCAAACUGCUCUUGAAGUUGCUUGCAAUGUUGUGCCUUCAGCUUUGCAAACCAAGGUAACGAGCAAUGACAACAUCUAG